UGAACGUCCAAGAACUGUCAAUGUGACUUUUGUCAUGUUGGAAGUCUGAAAAUUUCAUCGAAGUUUGUUUCACGAUUCCUGUUGUUUUAUUCACUUUACGAGUGAAUACAUUUAUUUCGUUUAUGUAGACGGACUCGUGUGUCAUAAUUCAGCGCCCAGAUAAUGUUAUGAUAAUAGUUUGAGUGUGUAGAAUAAGUGAAAUUGAUGUUGUAAGUCGAAAUGGCUCGUAAUAGAUGUGACGGGUUGUUAGCUCGAGUCGAUUUUCCUCUGUAUACUCUUCAAACGCUAACAAAUCGGCAUGUGAUUGUGGCAGGAGGCGGAGGAGCCUCAAACACAGGCGUCGCCAAUGGAUUCGAGAUAUUUGAAUUGUCACAUAAUGGUACAAGAUUUGUGGCCGAGGAGGUGAUGAGGCAUGAAACAGGCCCUAAUGUUGUGAUGACCUGCGCGGUGCGGAGCAUACAGAACAGGACGUACCUGACAGCAGGCCAGGAGAGCCACUGCCAGCUGUACAAGGUCAACAUCCGCAUGGUGGACGCGGCUGAGAUGCGCAGAGGCAGCUUCCGCGCUGAGAAUGGUCUUGUCCGGAGAAGGCGGCGGACGGUGUCAGAAAAUGACAACAUUUCCAAAAAAGAUAGCAAUAGCAACACAACAGAAAAGAGAAUAUCGUUUGAAAUUAGGCCAAGUGAUAGUGUGCAAACAGAUUUUGGAGACGAUCCGCUGCAGCGGGUGGUGCGCAUCAGCCACGACGGCAAGCUGAUGGCCACGGGCGGCAUCGACGGCAAGGUCCGCGUCUGGGCCUUCCCCAAGAUGGAGCUGCUCUAUGUGCUGGAGGGACACACUAAAGAGCUGGACGAUUUAGACUUCAGCCCGUGCGACACCGCGCUGGUGUCCAUCGCCAAGGACGGGCUGGCCAACGUGUGGGCCACGGGGGCCCCGGCGGCGGGGGCCCCGGGGGCCCCGAGGGCCCCGCUGCUGCAGCUCACGUGCACGCCGCCCAACGGGACCAAGUACCUCUUCCGGAGGUGUAGGUUCGGAUUAAUAGAAGACAAGCCGAACGAAUACCGAAUGUUCACGAUCGCGAACCCGCUCACGCGCUCGGGCAAGCAGAAGGGCCUGCUGCAGCUGUGGACGCGCUCGGGCUCGCUGCGCCGCGCGGCGUGCGCGCCCGAGUCGCUCUCGGCGCUCGCCGUGCGCGACGACGGCCGGUUCGUCGGCGUCGGCACCAUGUUCAGCGGCUCCGUCGACAUCUACGUCGCCUUCAGUCUGCAGAGUGUCGCGGGUACCGCACGGUCAGCAUCGCGAGCCCGCGCCGCGCUCGGGCAGCAGAAGGGCCUGCUGCAGCUGUGGACGCGCUCGGGCUCGCUGCGCCGCGCGGCGUGCGCGCCCGAGUCGCUCUCGGCGCUCGCCGUGCGCGACGACGGCCGGUUCGUCGGCGUCGGCACCAUGUUCAGCGGCUCCGUCGACAUCUACGUCGCCUUCAGUCUGCAGCGAAUAUUUCUAUACAACGACGCGACGGGUGAUGACAACGCGCGCUUACGUCACUCGCUACUCGCUCGUGAAUCCUUUGUAGAUUAA